AUGGCCUUGAAUUUCCUUCCCCGGGCCAGCCGGCUGCUGCGACCCGUCAACAUCCCCCAGUUCAGAUCCUUCUCCGUCGCUCCGCAACGGCUCAGCGACACCCUGCAGGUGCACCGCAACAAGCCCACCAAUAACCCGUCUAUCCCGUUCAAGUUUUCCGACCAGAACCUCAAGCUCGCCGAUGAGAUCCUUAAGCGCUACCCCCCUCAGUACAAGAAGGGCGCCGUCAUGCCCCUGCUCGACCUUGGUCAGCGCCAGCAUGGCUAUACCAGCAUCAGUGUUAUGAACGAGGUUGCCCGGAUGCUGGAGAUGCCCCCAAUGCGUGUCUACGAGGUCGCAACCUUCUACACCAUGUACAACCGUGAGCCGGUUGGCAAAUACUUUUUGCAGAUCUGCACCACCACUCCCUGUCAACUUGGCGGCUGUGGCAGUGACGCCAUCGUCAAGGCGAUCAACGAGCACCUCGGAAUCACCCCCGGCCACACUACCGAGGACGGCCUCUUCACCUACAUCGAGGUCGAGUGUCUGGGUGCCUGUGUCAACGCCCCCAUGGUCCAGAUCAACGACGACUACUACGAGGACCUGACCCCGGAGACAAUCAAGACCCUUCUCACUGCGCUCAAGGAGUCCGCUACCGCUACCGGCGUCAAGGUUCCCGCCCCCGGCCCGCUGACCGGUCGCCAGACCUGCGAGAACAGCGCCGGCCUGACCAACCUGCGCGAUGUGCCGGAGUGGAACCCGGAGGUGAUGAUGCGCAAGGACGGCGCGCUGGACGAGCAGCCCCAGCAAUAG